CAUCUAGACCAGUUGCAGUUAAUACUAUCACAGAGGUUAUUUUGUAAGUUUAGGUGUAAUUUGUGGAAAUUCUUAAUAAAAAGUACUGCUUAAGUUACGUGAAAACAUAUAAAAGUUAUUCUAUAAAACAAUGUCGUUAAUUUUGUUUAAUACUUAUUUUUAGUUAUUAUUCACUUCAAACAUAACCUCAAUAUCUAUUGAUUCUCAAGAUAACUAAAAUUACUCUUUCAAAAUGUACAAAUUUAUGUCUACAAGGUUACCAAUUAGAUUUAUCAGCAAUGAGUUUUACAAGCACAACUGUGAAAGUAGUAAUUUAAACAUUAACCAAUCAAUAAGACAUCUCUCGGCAUCAUUUGUUUGCUAUAAAAAACGGAGACCGGAAGAAGAAAAGGCUGUAGAAUCAAAAGCGGUCAGACCAGCACUCAGAUAUUCACCAAAAAGUAGCGGAGAAGUUGUAGGGAUAUGGAGGAACAUGACAGUCCAAGACAUUGCCACUGUGCUGAAGAAAGAUGUUGAUCAUGUAUUCAAAGCCUUAGAAUUUGCCGACAAAACAUCAAACACAGAAUACAAAACGAACACAAUUAUAUUUAAUCCACAAAUAAUAAGGGACAUCGUCAAAAUAACAGGAUAUAGAUAUAAGAUGGUGCCUCAUCCUGAUGAAGUUGAAGAAAAGGAGGAAAACAAAGACGCAGUGCCUGCGCCGCCGGCGCCGGCGUCGGCGCUGCGGCCGCGGCCGCCGGUCGUAUGCGUGAUGGGACACGUCGACCACGGCAAGACCACACUCCUCGACUCACUCCGGGACACCUCCGUGGUGGAUCAGGAGUUUGGGGGCAUCACGCAGCAUAUUGGCGCUUUUGAAGUGCAACUGGCGUCUGGGGAGAAGGUAACGUUUCUGGACACUCCCGGACACGCGGCGUUCUCGGCGAUGCGGUCGCGCGGCGCGCUGGCCACCGACCUCGUGGUGCUGGUGGUCGCGGCCGACGACGGCGUCAUGGACCAGACGGUCGAGAGCAUCAGGAUGGCCAGGGAAGCCGGAGUUCCUAUCCUGGUGGCUAUCAACAAAAUCGACAAGCCAGGUGUGAACAUUGAGCGAAUAAUGCGUGCGCUGGCGCAACACGGAGUCAUUUGUGAAGAGAUUGGGGGCGACGUGCAAGCGAUACCUAUAUCCGCUCUGAAGAAACAGAACCUGGACACUUUGGUCGAAGCGUUGACGCUACAGGCCCAGUUGAUGGACCUGAAGGCGGACCCGGGGGGGUAUGUGGAGGGGGUCGUUAUUGAGGCCCAACUGGACCCGAAGACAGGUAAACAAGCGACAAUAUUGGUACAAAGAGGGACUUUACGACGUGGAUGCGUACUAGUUGCUGGCAACGGAUGGGCCAAGGUCCGCGUGCUGCAGACGGAAGGCGGCGCGCUGUCGGAGGCGACGCCGGGUCGCGCGGCGGCGGCGCUCGGCUGGCGCCAGCUGCCCGCCGCCGGCGACACCGUGCUCGAGGUCCACUCUGAGAAACGCGCAAACGAAGUGAUGAAGUGGCGCCACAAUCAGCGCAUGCGGGACAAACAGGAACUAGAUCGCACGGCCAUCGAGGCUAAAGAGGCAGCGUAUCAAGAACAAUACAAAGCUAUGUUGGCGAAGAAACGAGCGUUAGGACGAUAUAAAGUGAAGAAGGAGGGACCGAGACAGAAAAUGAUUCAGCAUGACUCUCAUCCAACACUCAAUGUCAUUGUUAAAGGUGACGUGGACGGGUCCGUGGAGGCUAUCCUGGACAUCCUGGACACGUACGACGAGCACGAGCGCGUGAGGCUGGAGUUAGUGCACUACGGUGUGGGGCCCGUCACGCCCAAUGACGUCGAGAUAGCAGAAGCGUUCAGCGCAAUAAUAUACGCAUUCAACGUCAACUGCCCGCCGCCCGUCGCCGUCGAUGCGAAGAAGAAGGAUAUACUCGUGAAGAAACUGAACAUCAUCUACAAACUUGUCGACGAUAUCAAAGAAGAGCUUAGUAGCAGGAUACCUAAACGACAGGAGGAGGAAAUCAUUGGUGAAGCGAACGUCCUCCAACAGUUCGUGGUGACGGAGGGAAAGAAGAAAGUUCCCGUGGCGGGAUGUCGCUGUACGAAGGGCAACCUCGCCCGGAACUCACUGUACAAGGUCGUCAGGAACAAGCAAGUCGCCUUCGAAGGUAAGCUAGCAUCAAUGAAGCAUUUAAAGGACGAAGUCAACACAAUAAAACGCGACAUGGAGUGUGGGCUUCGCUUCGACGACACCACCUUUGAAGUGAAGCCGGGGGACACAGUAGUAUGUUACAAACUAGUAGAUGCCGUCGACAAAACUGCGUGGGAUCCAGGUUUUUAAUGUUUAUACGGGAUUGCCAUAGAAAAAAUAAACGUGUCGAUGUGACAGUUGACGGAGCGUGUGAGUAAAAUAGGUGACGCAAGAUUUGGAAAUAUGAGAAUGUUAGCCUUUAUCUUUCACUAGUUUUGAAUAACUUUUUUAUUGACUUUCAAACUUUAGAGCACAAAUUAUCUGAGCAAUAACUAUGCCAAAAUAGAUUUUCCAGUUUGCGUCAUCUUUGUGAUAUAUUUGUGUAUAGGAUAAAUAAUAAAUUAUUAUUAGAAAAUUA